AUGCCUACAACAAAGGUUAGGUGUGAUGUCUGGGAAGAUGUCUACAACAAAGUCAGGUAUGAUGUCUGGGAAGAUGCCUACAACAAGGUUAGGUAUGAUGUCUGGGAAGAUGCCUACAACAAAGUUAGGUAUGAUGUCUGGGAAGAUGCCUACAACAAAGUUAGGUAUGAUGUCUGGGAAGAUGCCUACACCAAAGUCAGGUAUGAUGUCUGGGAAGAUGCCUACAACAAGUUUAGGUAUGAUGUCUGGGAAGACGCCUACAACAAGGUUAGGUAUGAUGUCUGGGAAGAUGCCUACAACAAGGUUAGGUAUGAUGUCUGGGAAGAUGCCUACAACAAGGUAAGGUAUGAUGUCUGGGAAGAUGCCUACAACAAGGUAAGGUAUGAUGUCAGGGAAGAUGCCUACAACAAGGUAAGGUAUGAUGUCAGGGAAGAUGCCUACAACAAGGUUAGGUAUGAUGUCAGGGAAGAUGCCUACAACAAGGUAAGGUAUGAUGUCAGGGAAGAUGCCUACAACAAGGUUAGGUAUGAUGUCUGGGAAGAGGCCUACAACAAGGUAAGGUAUGAUGUCAGGGAAGAUGCCUACAACAAGGUUAGGUAUGAUGUCAGGGAAGAUGCCUACAACAAGGUUAGGUAUGAUGUCUGGGAAGAUGCCUACAACAAGGUUAGGUAUGAUGUCUGGGAAGAUGCCUACAACAAGGUUAGGUGA